AUGGGUGGUUCACAACAUGAAUCACCACAUUCAAUGUCUCCAAUGUCGUCAAUGGACCAAAUGACCAUAUCGACAAUGGAUACGGAACAUCAUACAACAACACCAACUACUACUACUUCCACUACAUCAACAACAGCAACGACAACGACAACAGGAAUAGUUGUAAAGCCAAUCAUUCAAUUCUUAGAGUCAACCAUUCGAACACACUUCAAGAAGUACGCCUCAUCAUCCAAGAGUUGCAACCAAAAGUAUCGAGACGUGAUCAUCAGCGCCAACAUUUCCCCAUCUCUCGUCGAACACUUUACACAAGUGUUUGAUCAGAUUGACAAGAGAAUUGAAGACAAUCAAGUGUUUAUCAAUUGGCUGGCAAGUGACACUGUGCCUCAGUACUCGAUCCAAGACUGCUCAGAGUAUGAGUUGGACUCAGAUGGCGGUGAGUUUGAAGACUCACCCACUGUGUUGCUGGACUAUGACCCCUCUCCUCCACACUCCGAGGAGGACGAGCAGUCCCAACAGUCUCAGCAAUCGCAACAGUCUCAGCAGUCACUACAGUCACAGCAGUCUCAGCAGUCCCAAUCUCAAGACCUGACCGACAACACCGACUACAAUUCGUCACCAUCAAAUGGCACUUCCUCAUCCUCGUCAACCCCCAAGAAGCCGACCUCCGGCAUGCACUGGGGCUCCAAGAGUAUCUUUGACAGGCUUCAUCACCUCUUGCUUCAGAUCACACGCGACUGGAGCGCAGAGGGCAAACAAGAGAGAGAUAUUGGCUUCUCUCCAUUCUUAACAUCACUCGAGCGCCUUUAUCCGGACCGCACCAACAGAGCCAAUAUUAGGGUGUUGUGUCCAGGAGGCGGAAGUGGUCGCCUCUCCUACGAGAUAUCCAAGCUGGGCUUCCACACGACCAAGAACAACAUCAAUCUUCAAUCACAAUUAAGACCAGUGUCAAUCCCGGAUACAUUGAUAGACAUCAAGGGCAAUGGACAUGGCACAUUGAGCUUUGCAUUUGGUGACUUCUUCUCGAUAUUUGCAACGGAUACAAAGAAGGAGUCAUUCGACUGUGUUUCCACAUGCUUCUUUAUUGAUGCUGUCGAUGAUAUCUUCAAGGUAAUCGAGCGCAUUAGCAUCGUACUCAAGCCUGGCGGUCUAUGGAUCAACAAUGGACCACUUCACUUCCACUUUGAUACGCACAUCAAUGCGGACGACCUUGUCAAAGUCAUCAGAUCCUAUAACUUUGAAAUCAUGGAACUCAAGACAAUCGAUUGCCCGUAUGAACAGAAUAGGGAAUCAUUGUUCAAAGUGAUCUACACAUGCAUUUGGGUCAUCGCCCGCAAAGUCUAG